CCUGUUCGAGAUCGUGCAGUCGCUCUACUGGGCCAUCUAUGGGCUUGUAGACCUGGACCACGCGGAGCUGCAGCCUCGAUUCAAACACGAGUUCACUGAGUUUGUGGGCAAACUCAUGUUUGGAGUCUACAGCUGGAUCGCCUUGAUAGUCCUACUCAACAUGCUGAUAGCUAUGAUGAGUAACUCGUACCAGCUUAUCUAUAGUCAAGCAGAUGAAGAAUGGAAAUUUGCUCGCUCCAAGUUGUGGAUCAGUUAUUUUGAAGACUGUGGAACGUUACCCCCUCCCUUCAAUGUGAUCCCUAGCCCCAAGACUGUCUACUACAUUGCGACCUGGAUCAGGAACAAGCUGUCCUCUUGUUUUUGUUCCAAGCAACAGAAGCACAACAGAUGGCAGAGCAUCAAAGCUGUCAUGCGGGACCUCAUCAAACGAUACAUCAUGCAAAAACAACGCAGCUCCCAAAAAGGCGAGGGAGUCAGCGAAGAUGACAUCAACGAGUUGAAGCAAGAUGUGUCUUCCUUCAGGUUUGAGCUGCUAGAGAUCCUUCGCAACAACGGCAUGAAGACCCCGAACCCCAGCCAGACCAAACCCACAA